AGUGUGAACUUUUGAGUUGAGCUACUGUGGUCAGUUUCUCAUCCUCCCCUAGAAAUCGUAGGCGUUUGGUGUGGAAUACCACGCUCGUGUUCAAAUGUGGGCAGCAUGAGAUGACAACAGAGUCAGUGUCGUUACUGUCAUUACUACUGAGGUGACAAGGAUUUGCUUUUUGUGCUUCUAGGAUGGGACAGAAGUGAGACGUAUAAAAUGCUGCCCUGUAAAAAGAGAAGGUCUGUGGUGACAGAGUCUGGGCUGCAGCAGCAGGAUGACCAGGAGGGUGAUGCCUUAGAUCUAGAGACAGCUGUGAAGCCAGAAUCGGACCAGCUCAGAGACUCCGGGUCAGAGGCACUGUCCUGGGGUCAGGGUCAUGACAGUGCAGCGUGCCCUGAAGUGCACACCAUGCAUGAGGUAGCAAACCAGCUCAGCGUGGAGGAGCCAUCUUUAAGCCCUAAGAUGCUCGCCCAGCGUGUAAAUGCACCAGUUCUGGAAGCUGUUGAUGUGGCCGUCUCUCAGGAAGUCACCCUUCCUUCCUUGGAGUCUUCCCAUUCCCUUUCUGUCCACACGGAUAAAGGGAGACUGCAGGCCACUGCCUCAAGGAAAGGGAAGAAAAUUCUCAAGUCUGGGCUGGUUAACAGGGAAGACCCCGUGGAUCAUCCUGUUGUAGGUGAACCUCCUCCUGGAGAGCCUGGUGAAGAAGUCAAGGCGGAAGGAGGGAAACUUCAGAUGCAUUCUGGAGGGGAGUUACCCUUGCUGUCAUCAGGCAGCCAGUCUGCAAAGCCAGGAGCCCAGCCUAGGAGAGCAUUCCAGCUGGAUGCUUCCGCCUUUCCUCAAGAAAAGCCACUCGGAGCUCCGGUUCACCAAGCUGAGGAGGAGAUGGAGGAUGCUGGACUCUUUAUUCCAACGGAAGAGCAAGACAGUGAAGAAAGCGAUAAAAGGAAAAAAACUAAAAAGGGUACCAAGAGGAAACGGGAUGGAAAGGGUCAAGGGCAAGGAACGAUGGCAUAUGACCCGAAACUGGAUGACGUGCUGGAUCGCACCUUAGAGGAUGGUGCCAAGCAGCACAAUCUGACAGCAGUCAAUGUCCGAAACAUCCUGCACGAAGUCAUCACUAACGAACAUGUUGUAGCCAUGAUGAAAGCGGCCAUAAGUGAGACAGAGGACAUGCCAUUGUUUGAGCCUAAGAUGACCCGCUCCAAACUGAAGGAAGUGGUGGAGAAAGGAGUGGUAAUUCCAACUUGGAAUAUUUCACCAAUUAAGAAAGCCAAUGAAAUUAAGCAGCCUCCACAGUUUGUGGACAUUCAGCUUGAAGAAGAUGACUCCUCAGAUGAAGAGUACCAGCCUGAUGAAGAAGAGGAAGAUGAGACAGCUGAGGAGAGCUUGUUGGAAAGCGAUGUUGAAAGCACUGCUUCGUCUCCACGUGGAGUGAAGAGAUCCAGACUGCGGCCAUCUUCUGAAGUGGCGGAGGCAGAGGAAGAGAGCGCCAUGCUGCCAGAGGCAGAGACGGUGGCUGCGCCUGCUCUUAGGCACAUCAGUGCUGAAGUGGUGCCCAUGGGGCCCCCACCUCCUCCAAAACCAAAGCAGACCAGAGACAGUGCUUUCAUGGAGAAGUUAAAUGCAGUGGACGAGGAGCUGGCAUCUAGUCCUGUCUGCAUGGACUCUUUCCAGCCCAUGGAGGACAGUCUCAUUGCAUUCCGAACACGUUCUAAGAUGCCCCUGAAGGAUGUUCCUCUGGGCCAGCUAGAGGCUGAGCUUCAGGCUCCAGACAUCACUCCAGACAUGUACGACCCAAAUACGGCUGAUGAUGAGGACUGGAAGGUGUGGCUGGGGGGCCUCAUAAGUGAUGACGUGGAGAACGAAGAUGAAGCGGAUGAUGAUGAUGACCCAGAAUACAACUUCCUGGAGGACCUUGAUGAGCCAGACACAGAGGAUUUCCGUACUGACCGUGCCGUGAGAAUCACUAAAAAAGAAGUGAAUGGGCUGAUGGAAGAGCUGUUUGACACUUUCCAAGACGAAAUGGGAUUCUCCAAUAUGGAAGAUGACGGCCCAGAGGAAGAAGAGCGUGUGACAGAGUCUCGGCCUAACUUCAACACCCCUCAAGCCUUAAGGUUUGAGGAACCACUGGCCAAUCUGCUAAAUGAACGACAUCGGACAGUGAAGGAGCUGCUUGAACAGCUGAAAAUGAAAAAAUCUUCAGCCAAACAGCAGCCUGAAGUGGAGAAGCUUAAGCCUCCGAAGGAGAAAGUUCAUCAGACCCUGACUCUAGACCCAGCGCAGAGGAGCAGGCUCCAGCAGCAGAUGCAGCAGCAUGUUCAGCUCUUGACACAAAUCUACCUUCUCACCACCACCAACCCCAGCCUCAGCUCGGAGGCUGCCACCACCAGGGUAUUUCUUAAAGAGCUGGGUACAUUUGCUGAGAAUUCCGUCGCUCUUCACCAGCAGUUCAACCCCAGCUUUCAGACUUUGUUCCAACCCUGUAACUGGGUGGGAGCGAUGCAGCUCAUUGACGACUUCGCACACAUCAGUGUCGACUGCAGUCCUCACAAAACUGCGAAGAAGACAGGCAGUGAAUUUCCCUGUUUGCCCAAGCAAGUGGCCUGGAUCCUGGCCACAAAUAAGGUUUUCAUGUAUCCAGAGCUCCUUCCUGUAUGUUCCCUGAAGGCAAAUAAUCCUCGGGAUAAGACCAUCUUUACCAAGGCUGAGGACAAUCUCUUAGCUUUAGGCCUGAAGCACUUCGAAGGCACCGAGUUUCCUAAGCCUCUAAUCAGCAAGUACCUGGUAACCUGUAAGACUGCGCACCAGCUGACGGUGAGAAUCAAGAACCUCAACCUGAACAAGGCUCCUCACAACGUGAUUAAAUUUUAUAAGAAGACCAAACAGCUGCCAGUUCUGGUGAGAUGCUGUGAAGAGAUCCAGCCACACCAGUGGAAGCCGCCCGUAGAGAAGGAAGAACACCGACUCCCAUUCUGGUUAAAGGCCAGUCUGCAGUCCAUUCAGGAUGAACUGCGGAACAUAGCUGAAGGUUCUACAGAAGGAGGAAAUAGCACUGCUGCUGAGACCAGCACCGGUCAGCACGUGGAGAAAGGCAGCUCUGAUUUGGGGAGUGAAACGCGGUACCCACUGCUGUUGCCCAAGGGUGUAGUACUCAAAUUGAAGCCAGGUUCCAAGCGUUUCUCCAGAAGAGCUUGGCGACAGAAGCGGCCGUUGGCCCAGAAGCCUCUCCUUAUCCAACCCAGCCCUUCUGUUCAGCCUACGUUCAAUCCUGGGACCUGGACUGCUCAGUCAGAAGUCCCUCCGAGCAGCACGGUGGUCCAGAUUCCCCACCUGAUCCAGCCAACUGCUGUCUUACAGACACUUCCAGCUUUUCCUUCAGUGGGGGUCAGUGGAGAAGAGAGUUUUGAGUCUCCUGAAGCACUGCCUUCCCUGUCUUGUUCUGAGGCCCGGACAAGCUUCCCCCUGCCUAAGUCUCAGUCACCCCUGCCGCCUUCCUCUGCACCCAAGCUAAUGCUGCCCUCACUUGCCCCUUCUAGAUUCCGAAAGCCAUAUGUGAGGCGGAAGCCCGCCAGAAGAAAAGGAGCCAAAGCUGCUCCCUGUGUGAAACCUGCCCCCAUCAUCCACCCCGCGCCUGUCAUUUUCACUGUCCCUGCUGCCACAGUAAAGGUUGUCAGCCUAGGCAGUGGCUGCAACAUGAUCCAGCCUGUCAAUGCAGCUGUGGCCCCAAGUCCCCAGACCAUUCCCAUCACUACUCUGCUGGUUAACCCAACUUCUUUUCCCUGUUCGUUAAACCAGCCCCUUGUGGCCUCCUCUAUCUCACCCUUAAUUGUUUCCAGCAAUCCUCUGACUCUUCCUGUACCAUCUGUUCCUGAAGAUAAGGCUAAAGUGAAUUUGGAUAUUGCCGAAGGGAAAAAGGCUCCUCCAAACCCCGAGUCCAAAGUAAAACCCCAGGAGCUAACUCCCCUCUGUGCUCCUACCCUCUGCAAAGAGGAGCCUCGGCCAUGGCAUUCUUCAGCAGGUACAGAAAGCCAGGGAGCUCUCUCAGAAUCGAGUGCCUGUGGCUGGGCUAUUGUGAAAACAGAAAGCCAGGAAGGGGCUUCAGAGAAGAGUGCCUGCGGCUGGACAGUGGUGAAGACAGAGGAUGGUGAGCAUGUUGUUGAGCCAUUGCCUCAGAAUUUCCAGGAAUCCCCAAACUCUACAUCGAAGGAGUUAGAAGAAGUGGUCAAGAUGGAAGCUGAGGACUACAUGGAGGAAAUCUCCAGUAGCUUCCCCAAGCAGGACAUUGGUGAGAGAGUGAAAGAGGAGUGCUCUAUGGAAUUAGACAGUGCCUCCCCGCAGGACAAGCCGAGUAGUGCCAGAGAGAUGAGAAAACAGGCAGUCUUGCAGAGGGAAGAGACGCAGACAGCUACGUCCCCUUCUGUGUCCCAGGACGCUCCUGAUGAGGGGAGUGCAGGCGGGGAUGCGAGCAAAGGAUUGCCCAAGAGCACCUCGUCCUCCAUGGACCAGGAGGUGCUGCUCAGUAGUCCUCCAGGGAAGCCCGAGGACUUGGCCAGUGCUGACGGUCAGGCCGUGGGGACCCCAGCGGGACCAGACACUGGAGGGGAGAAGGACGGGCCUGAGGAAGAAGAGGAGGAGGACUUUGAUGACCUCACCCAAGAUGAAGAAGAUGAACUGUCAUCAGCAUCUGAGGAGUCUGUGCUUUCUGUCCCAGAGCUCCAGGAAACAAUGGAGAAACUGACUUGGCUGGCAUCUGAAAGGCGAAUGAGUCAGGAGGGUGAGUCUGAGGAGGAGAACUCCCAGGAGGAGAACUCUGAGCCAGAGGAGGAGGAGGAAGAGGAGGCAGAAGGAAUGGAAGCCUUACAGAAAGAGGACGAAGUAAAUGAUGACGCAGUUGGAGAUGCUGCUGAGAAACCGCCCUCUACCUUGGCCUCACCCAAGACUGCUCCGGAAGUGGAGGCCAGCGUAACCCCACCCGGAGAGAACAUCAAAGCUUCUGGAAAGAGCCGGAGCAAUCAUCGAGCUCGAGGCAAACGGGGGAGCCGGGCUCGGGCCAGCAAGGACGCCUCCAAGCUGCUGCUGCUGUACGACGAGGACAUCCUCGGCCGGGACCCCCGCAGGGCGCAGAAGGACCUGGCCUUCGCACAGGCCUACCUCGCCAGGGUACGAGAAGCUCUCCAGCAUAUCCCUGGCAAGUAUGAAGAUUUCCUUCAGAUCAUCUAUGAAUUUGAGUCGAGUACCCAGAGGCAGACUGCUGUGGAUCUGUACAAAAGCUUGCAAACGCUGCUGCAAGACUGGCCUCAGCUCUUGAAGGACUUUGCUGCUUUCCUGCUACCUGAGCAAGCGCUGUCCUGUGGACUAUUUGAGGAGCAGCAGGCUUUUGAGAAGAGUCGCAAGUUCCUGCGGCAGCUAGAGAUAUGCUUUGCGGAGAACCCCUCACACCACCAGAAGAUUAUCAAGGUUCUUCAAGGCUGUGCGGACUGCCUUCCUCAGGACAUCACCGAGCUGAAGACGCAGAUGUGGCAGCUCCUCAGAGGCCAUGACCACCUACAGGAUGAGUUCUCCAUCUUCUUUGAUCAUCUGCGCCCAGCAGCUAGCAGGAUGGGUGACUUUGAAGAGAUCAAUUGGACGGAAGAGAAAGAAUAUGAGUUUGAUGGCUUUGAAGAAGUGAUACUCCCUGAUGUGGAAGAGGAAGAAGAGCCAGCCAAAGUGCCCACAGCGUCAAAGAGCAAGAGGAGAAAAGAGAUUGGGGUCCAGCAUCAUGAUAAGGAGACUGAAUGGCCAGAAGCAGCCAAGGACUGUUCCUGUUAUUGUCACGAGGGAGGUCCUGAUUCUAAGCUGAAGAAGAGCAAGAGGAGAAACUGUCACUGCAGCAGCAAGGUCUGUGAUAUCAAAUCCCACAAGAGCAAGGAGCCCCUCGACUUGGCUGGCAGUAGCCCCCUCCAAGAGGCCAGUCCUAUGCCCAGCACUAAGGAGGGAGGACAUGGCAAGGAUAUGUUGGAAGAGGAAGCCCCGGAGGAGCAGGGGAGCAUUGAGGCAGCUCAGAGUGAGACUGGCAGGGCCACCAGAAAGGAAGAGACACCCAGUCCAGGGUCGACGGUAGGGAGCACUUCGUUGUGCUCCGCACAGGUGACUCUCACAGAGCACCCCUUGGAGGGCCUGGCUCUCUGUCCAGCAGACACUCGUCAGCGUCCUGCUCGUGCUGAGGUAGUCUCCCCUGCCAGGAGAAACCAGGCUGGGCCUCAAGCAGUCUCCUGCCUCGAUACAUCCUCCAUACCUCCUGAGGAGGGGCAGGACCCAAAGGCCACUGCUACCUCAGAGACUCUUGUGCCACUGCCAGAUACAUCAGAGACUGAGAAACUGCUGGAGCUCCCCACUUCCUUCCCAAGUCCUGUUUCAAGGACCAGAGACACAGGGAGAAGACACGUAUCUGGGAAAGCAGGCACUCAGAGCUGGCUGCUUGAGAGCAGAGCUGAGGCCAAGACAGCCCACAGGGUGGCCCCUACCUGUGGAACUUCAUCAGGAGUUAAUGCCUUAGAGACUACUCCCGGAGCUGCCAGAGGGGUCAUGGCUGAGGACAGUGGAGCACCAAGCAAAGGCCCCGAGGGGGCGGUGCCAAAAGCCUCAGAAGCGACUGUCUGUGCCAAUAACAGCAAGGUCAGCUCCACUGGGGAGAAAGUGGUCCUGUGGACAAGGGAAGCCGACCGAGUGAUUCUCACCAUGUGUCAGGAGCAGGGAGCACAGCCUCACACCUUCAGCAUUAUCUCUCAGCGACUGGGAAAUAAGACACCUGUUGAGGUUUCGCACCGGUUCCGAGAACUCAUGCAGCUCUUCCACACAGCCUGUGAGGCCAGCUCUGAGGAUGAGGACGAUGCCACCAGCACCAGCAAUGCAGACCAGCUCUCUGACCAUGGGGACCUCUUGUCUGAAGAGGAGCUAGAUGAGUGA